GACUACGUCACUGGGAGUGACUGCCAUCUUGUGUAUGUGGUUAGUGGUUAGACCAGCUGAGACCGGAGGAAUGAUCUGUGAAAAGUUUUCCUUGAAGUGUGGUUACUAGUACAACUAUACAUACAUUGUUAACAGCAUCUUGCAUCUGUCUGUGCUGUUACUGCAGAUACCGUUUCAUCAUCACCACCACCACCACCACCCCUUGUACACAUUCUGAAGAGGAAACAUGAAUACCUCUGACCAUGGAUUUAAUCCAGCUUUCAACAUGGCUGCCAUCAAACAAGUUAUUAAUGAAGCAGUGGAAAGAGUGCGAAUGCCUACACCUAUGCGGCUGCGAGAUUUGAUACGUCAGAUACGUGCAGCCAGGACAGCAGCAGAAGAGAGAGCUGUCAUCAACAAAGAGUGUGCCUAUAUACGCUCAACAUUCCGAGAAGAGGAUAGUGUGUGGCGAUGUCGUAAUAUAGCAAAACUUCUUUACAUUCAUAUGCUUGGGUACCCUGCCCAUUUCGGUCAACUUGAAUGUCUAAAACUGAUUGCCUCUCCACGCUUUACUGACAAGCGAAUAGGGUACCUAGGUGCCAUGUUGUUAUUGGAUGAACGCCAAGAUGUGCAUCUGCUUAUUACAAACUGCCUCAAAAAUGAUCUGAACAGCUCUACACAAUUUGUUGUUGGAUUAGCUCUUUGUACACUAGGAGCAAUAGCAUCCCCAGAAAUGUCAAGAGACCUUGCUGCAGAAGUGGAACGACUCAUGAAAUCUCCUAAUGCUUACAUCAGGAAAAAAGCAGCAUUAUGUGCUUUCAGAAUUAUUCGAAAAGUACCAGAACUAAUGGAAAUUUUUUUACCAGCGACAAGGUCACUUCUGUCAGAGAAGAACCAUGGGGUGCUAAUCACAGGAGUUACUCUCAUAACAGAAAUGUGUGAAAAUAGUCCAGAUACAUUACAACAUUUUAAAAAAGAGACCAGCCACAGUGAGAUUGUACCAAAUUUAGUACGAAUUCUGAAGAAUUUAAUAUUGGCUGGUUAUUCCCCUGAACAUGACGUUUCAGGUGUUAGUGAUCCAUUUCUGCAGGUGAAAAUACUUAGACUUUUAAGAAUAUUGGGCAAAAACGAUGCUGAAGCCUCAGAAGCUAUGAACGAUAUUCUGGCCCAAGUAGCAACAAACACAGAAACAAGCAAGAAUGUGGGAAAUACCAUUUUGUAUGAAACUGUGUUGUCUAUUAUGGAUAUAAAGUCAGAGAGUGGCCUUCGUGUAUUGGCUGUCAACAUUUUAGGAAGGUUUUUACUGAACAAUGAUAAAAAUAUCCGCUAUGUUGCUUUAAAUACAUUGUUAAAAACUGUGUACAUUGAUACAAGUGCUGUACAGCGACAUCGAAGUACUAUUCUGGAAUGCCUAAAGGAUCCAGAUGUGUCGAUUAGACGACGGGCACUGGAAUUGAGCUUUGCCCUAGUGAAUGCAAAUAAUAUACGAACUAUGAUGAAAGAACUGUUAAUUUUCUUGGAGAAAGCAGAUCCAGAAUUCAAGGCACACUGUUCAUCGAGCAUAGUACUUUCAGCUGAGAGAUUUGCACCAAACAAACGGUGGCACCUGGAUACUUUGCUCAAAGUGCUUGUUGCGGCAGGUAAUUAUGUCCGUGAUGAUGUUGUCUCUUGUACCAUCCAACUGAUCUCGGAGUCAGCAUCUCAGCAGGGCUACAUGGUGGAACAGAUGUGGCGAGCUCUAGAACGUGACACACAAGAUAGACAACCACUUAUUCAGGUAGCAACGUGGUGUAUAGGAGAAUAUGGUGAUCAAUUGCUUUAUGGUCCUCCCACCACAGAAGAAAAUACUGUGAAGGUAACUGAAGAUGAAGUGAUUGCAGUUUAUCAGAAGUUAUUGUGGUCAACGCAAAACACAAUUGUAACAAAGCAGUAUACAUUGCUGUCAUUAAUGAAACUGAGCACACGGUUUCAGAAUGGAGUUGAGAAGAUCCGACAUAUUGUGGAAUCUUUUGGGAGCCAUCUCCACGUUGAACUUCAGCAGCGAGGUGUGGAAUUCACACAGUUAUUCCGGAAGUUCGAACAUCUGCGUCCAGCUCUUUUGGAACGUAUGCCUCCCAUGGAGACUGCACGCCCAGCUGCUGGUCAAGGAGUAGUUGCAAAUGGAGAGGCAGAUGAAGCUGAAAAUCUUAUGGAGGAAGGUGGUACGACGCCACCUGCCACUACACCAGCUGGAGAUCCGAAUGCCCUUCUUGUUUUGCUUGGAGGUUCAGAUAGUAAUGAAGGGGACAUAGUUAACUCUGUUCCUACAACAGAUACAAUAAAAACUACCACUGUUGACAACAAUCAGGAUUUGCUGGACUUGCUAGGAGGCCUUGAUGUGGGAAAUCCUACACCAUCACCAGCAACAUUGCAGAACAACAACAGUAUUAUUUUUAAUUCCAACCCAACUUCCAAUUUUCUUGUGGAUGGUCUUCUAAACAGCCAGCCUGUUGUAUCCAGUCUGCCAAGUAUAAUAGCAUACGAAAAGAAUGGAUUGAAAAUAACUUUCUCUUUAGAACGCCUUCCAGAUAAUCCUAGUACAAUUGUAGUCACAAUGAUUGCAUUAAAUGAGACAAUGAAUACAAUGGCUGAUUUUCUGUUUCAAGCUGCUGUGCCUAAAACAUUCCAGUUGCAAAUGCUUUCUCCAUCGGGAACCGUCCUGCCACCUGCUGGACAGGUGACGCAGGUGCUAAGGAUUACAAAUCCCAACAGGGGGAUGCUGCGUUUACGUAUGAAGUUAUCUUACAGUGUCAAUGGCACCCAGAUACAGGAUCUGGCGGAGGUGAACAAUUUCCCUCCCGAAAGCUGGCAGUGACCUGUUUAAACUGCCCAGUAGGGCACAGAGUACUUAAUGUCCGUGUACAGUAUGUGUUCCUAGUCUCUUCACCAUCUCAGCUACAUGUACUUGUUGAGAAGAGAUAAGAGGAAUAUCCUGAAGAAUUAAAAUUCUGUCAAUUUCAUGAACUCAAAACUCCCAUUGCAACUAAUUGCAAGUGUAAAUACAUUUAGUAUUCAUGUACAGUAAUCAGGUCUCAGAUCUAUUUGCAGUGGACAAUUCAUAUUCUAGGAUAUGUGAAGGUAUGGGAUUUCAGAAACUUGAAUUUUUGUUACCCUUGCUUGUUUUUAAGUUCUGUGCUUGAUUAGGAGAACUUGAUAAACUGUCACAGUGUGUGCCAUGAUUGGGCUCUUUUGUGUGUUAUGUGAAAUGGAACAUUUGAAUGAGCUGUUAUAAUGUUUGUGUAAUGAAAUCUGUAAGUAUGUAUGUUUGUAUAAUUUGUGUAUAUUGACUAAAUAAUUUUUUCCAAGCCUGAUGGUUCUGUUGAUUGUUCAUAAGAAGACUGCUUGGCCCAUUCCAUUUCUUAUGGUAGUGAUUCUUUUUCUUCUUUUGCCUCUGUCUUCAUUUCUGUUAAACAGUUCAAUGAGACUUGGAAUGGGCCUCACAUUGUUUUUACAAAGCCUGUGACCAAGAAUUUUAGAAUUCCCUCCAUUGAACUUUCAGAGGAAACGUCAGGAUUUUUUACUGUUCUAUACUGUCCGGUGAGAGAGGUCAGUUCGUUUUUGUAUUAUUAUGUACAUAAAAAUAAAUGGUGAGAAGUACAGUUGUGAAUACCGUGUGUAAGUAAAGAGUGAGUGCUGAAAUAUUUAAUGCAAGAUAAAAAAGUGAAAACUUCAGAGGUUUGUUAGUAAUGGGAGAGAAUCAGAUUAGUGUGUUGGGACUUGGUUCCAUGAGACAGAAUGGACUGCUCUCAUGUGCGGUUAAUUGUGUUGUUAUUUUGUUGACCAUAAACUGAAUACUUUGUUUAAAAUUAUUGUAAAAAUUAAAAGUUGGAAGAAAGAGAUAUUAAUUUC